UCAAUCAGUAUCAGUUUGUGAAUAAAAGUCGUCGCGAUGGUCCGGUUACCAUAUACCAUACUAGUGAGCCUUUUCGUCCUGUCUGGCCAGCCGCAGCGAGCAUUGGCAGGAUGCUCGCUCAAAUCCACCAGCAAUCCUCCCGUUGUAACCACCAGUUUCGGGUCGAAGCUACUUCUGUCUGAAUCUUCCGGCUCAUACGAACGAGAAGAAGGGGAGGAAAUUAAUAUUUUUUGUGGCAGUGGAUUUGACAUGAAUUAUAAAUUUAUAGUAUUUAUUUUGCAUUUUUACAUAUGCAGUUACAAUGGAUAUGAUCGUCAAUAUAGUAGUGCUGACCCUCAAAUUACGUUAAAAUGUGAUUCAAGUUAUUUCCGUUUAAAUGGUGAAUUUGAAAGAGCUAGAAAUUUGGAAGUUAACUGCAAGGGGCGAGUCUCUCAAAUGUUUGAGAGUCGCACCAGCUUACCGGAGUGUAGCAACUACAUGACCCUCGUGCUGGGCUACGACUUCCAGGAUAAGGGCACUAUUAAGAACGCUGCCAUGUGCUAUGAUAUUCUGGAGGCCCAGCUCAAGUACAUCAGCUAUACUUCAUUUUCCACCAGAAAGCGAAUAAUCGAGGAGAGCCAAGCAGGGCAGCUGAACAACCUGGGACUUGACAUUAGCGUGGCUUAUCGGAAGAAUCUAGUUAAGAACUUCGGUCAGGAUGACAUUGACACGUAUCUGGACAAGGAAAGGCACCUGUCCGAAUUGUUCGGCAACGGGAUAUUUGAAUACAGAAACCUGGUACAGGACGAAUCGGCUGGAAAGGCUCUGGUCGGCUACGAGGACAUGUUCAAUACCAUCUGGUUAAAGAACUUGCGAACUGGUAGCUGGAAGCUCUGGCUCAACGCCCUGCGAGCUGCCACAGAGGCGGGAACCCAGUUCGACAUUCGGCUUGGCGUUUCCGGAACCUUGCAUCUGCCGCGGACCUCGACGAAUCCUUGCAUGAAUUACACCGAAUAUCUGGUGAUUCAGCCGAAAGCACCUGGUACCGGCUCCGUUCCGGUACCCGCCUACAUUUGGGCCCACGUCUACUCCCUUAAGCCGACAGGACAUGCAGGGGACCAGGACGAGUUCGUAAUAAUUGGCCACAAUUCGCCCUUCAGCGUUAAUGCCACCGAAGUUUGUUCCUCGAUGUGCCAUCAAGUGUCCUGGCUGAAGGAUACGCUGUUCGCCAAGCUCCGUGAGUUUCCGGCAUACGGAUUGGUUCAGUGCUGCCAUGUGAAGGACGUGGCUCACAAGUUGGACAACUUCCCGGGAGCGUUCGCAGCUGAGACGGCUAGUCCCACCGCCGAUGCCGCCUCCACCACUUCCACUCCUGUCCCAGACUCAGUGGUUGCCUACGUAGGCGAGGGUGGGCUGUGAGACCCACAGAGCCCCUAAGUGGUUACUCCGAGAAGUUCCUCGGAGUCAAGGGAGUAGUAUUUUUAAGGAAUUCCUUCCGUUUUUUUUCCUCAAAAAUACAAUUUACUCUUAUCAGUGCAACUAUGUAUGCCAGCUUCCUUAAUAAAGCAAGUAACAGCAGAAACUGCAGU